AUGAGCUCGAAGCAACCUAACGUCGGCGAUAACUUAUUGACGGCCCUUGUGUCCGGGUGCACUGCUGCUGGUGUGUCUGCCACCAUCACAUAUCCAUUUGAUUUCAUCAAAACGCAGCAACAGCUCAACAAUACGGCCUACAUGGCAAAAUGGAAAAUUCCAGGCAAUUAUCCAGGCACCAUAGGUCAAUUAUACAAGGGUGGUAGUGCUUUGGUGCUAGGAAGUGUUUUGAAGAACCUGACAAGACUCAUCCUGUACAAUUGGCUGAGCAAGUUCAUGGCGCUUGAAUCUCAUGGACACACUAAGACAAGCGCCCCUAGAAUAGUGAUUGCUGGUGUUAUCAGUGCAUUCUUCGAGACCUUGUGCUUGAUCCCUUUUGAAAAUAUCAAGAUCACUAUGAUUCAGAACAUGACUUUGAAUAAUGAGAUAACGCGUUCUGCCCAAGAUGCUAUCGGAAACGUUGCCAAACAUCAUAAACAUCAGGCUCAAUUCGGUAAGCAAUACAUUUCGCCACAUGCAUACUACACUUCAGAUCUUAUUGGACAAGCCAAAAGCAGAAAGCCUUCCUCCAAAUUCCUGCCUCCCAAGCCUCACAACCCAAAGGAUGCACUUCGUAUCAAGUAUAACCAACACCCAUCUUUGACGUUUUUUGGAACAGUUCGUGAAAUGUAUUCCUUGAAAGGUUUGAAUGCAUUCACCGCUGGAUCUUGUAUCACCAUGGUUCGUCAAGUGGCUAUUUCUACUGUCUGGAUAUGGACUUACAAUUCUACCAGACAGGUUCUUGAUCCACACAACAAUGACCAGAAUUGGUUUGGCCAUAAGCAUACUGCCUUCCAACUGAUGGGUUUGCACUUCUUGUCCUCAUGUGCGGUGAUUGCAGUCACCCAGCCACUCGAUGUCAUCAAAACACAUAUGCAGCUGAAAAAUGGAAAAGCAGUCUAUCGUGACUCUCUUACCACCGCCUACCGCUUAUUUGUUGAGCAAGGGCCUAGAGCCAUGUUCAAGGGUUCACUUCCUCGGGGAAUCAAGGUCUUAGUCAACGGAGGACUUACUGCCCUCGUUUAUAAUUAUGUUGAAGAUGUGGUGAAGGUCGCAGGAGGUCAGAAAGUGUUUGCUGAUGAGUAG